UGAACUUGAAAAUUGAAAACAAACCCAAAAAACCCUCUCUGCUCCCUUUACUCUCUCACUAAAUCAAAAUUCCAAAAACCCUAUCGUUUCCCUCCUCUCAACCUCCGUUUCUCUUCUCCACAUUUUUUCUCCAAUCCAAUCAAUCAAGUAGAUAGCCAGUAAGAAAAUAUCGAAACGAUGUCGUUGAGGCCGAGCGCGAGGACGGAGGUGAGGCGGAACAAGUACAAAGUGGCGGUGGAUGCGGAGGAAGGGAGGCGGAGGAGAGAAGAUAAUAUGGUGGAGAUCCGUAAGAAUAAGAGAGAAGAGAGCUUAAUGAAGAAGCGCCGUGAAGGUUUUCAAUCUGCUGCUGCUCAACCACUCUCUAAUUCCACCGCUGCCGAUAACAAGUUGGAAAGUAUUCCGGCUAUGGUUGCUGGCGUUUGGUCUGAAGACAAGAAUGUGCAGCUCGAGGCAACCACUCAUUUCCGAAAGCUGCUCUCAAUAGAACGCAAUCCUCCAAUCAAUGAAGUAAUUCAAUCUGGUGUUGUUCCUCGCUUUGUUGAAUUCCUUGCCAAGGAUGAUUUUCCACAGCUGCAGUUUGAGGCAGCAUGGGCUCUCACAAAUAUUGCUUCUGGUACAUCAGAAAACACUAGGAUUGUAAUUGAUCAUGGGGCUGUUCCUAUAUUUAUUAAGCUUUUAAGUUCUCCAACUGAUGAUGUUAGGGAACAGGCUGUUUGGGCAUUAGGAAAUAUUGCUGGUGAUUCACCCAAGUGUCGUGAUCUAGUCCUUGGACAUGGUGCCUUGAUGCCAUUGCUUGCGCAGUUCAAUGAACAUGCAAAACUUUCUAUGUUGAGAAAUGCAACUUGGACGUUGUCUAACUUCUGCAGGGGCAAGCCGCAACCAUCAUUUGAGCAGACAAAGCCUGCCCUCCCUGCUCUUGAGCGUCUUAUACAUUCAAAUGACGAGGAGGUCCUGACAGAUGCGUGCUGGGCAUUAUCAUAUCUUUCAGAUGGAGCGAAUGACAAAAUCCAAGCUGUUAUUGAGGCAGGUGUCUGCCCUCGGCUCGUUGAACUUUUACUCCAUCCGUCUCCAACAGUGCUGAUUCCUGCUCUACGUACAGUUGGAAAUAUUGUUACUGGCGAUGAUAUGCAGACUCAGUGUAUGAUAGAACAUCAAGCACUUCCGUGCCUUCUGAAUCUCUUGACUCAUAAUCAUAAGAAGAGCAUCAAGAAAGAAGCCUGCUGGACAAUUUCAAAUAUUACAGCAGGGAAUAUAAAUCAAAUACAGGCCAUAAUUGAAGCUGGUCUCAUCGGUCCUCUUGUUCAACUACUUCAGUCUGCUGAAUUUGAGAUCAAGAAAGAGGCUGCUUGGGCAAUUUCAAAUGCUACUUCUGGUGGCUCUCAUGAACAAAUCAAGUACAUGGUGAGCCAGGGGUGCAUUAAGCCAUUGUGUGAUCUCUUGAUCUGCCCUGACCCUAGGAUUGUGACAGUUUGCUUGGAGGGGCUUGAGAACAUUCUUAAGGUUGGGGAAGCUGAAAAGAGUUUGGGCAAAACUGGAGAUGUAAAUUUGUAUACCCAAAUGAUUGAUGAUGCCGAGGGAAUAGAUAAGAUUGAAAACCUUCAAAGUCACGACAACAAUGACAUAUAUGAGAAAGCAGUGAAGAUUCUCGAGACAUAUUGGUUGGAGGACGACGACAAUGAAGAACUGGCUUCAGGAGAUGCUCCCGAAUCAGGAUUUCACUUUGGAGGCAAUGAAGUUCCUGUUCCUUCCGGUGGAUUUAAAUUUGGUUGAGCAUAUUAAAUCACUAGUGGAAUGAAGCUGAGAGUCCAGGUUCGUAAUUCAGGUGAAUGGUGAAGGCUUUUACUGUUUCUCUUAUAAAGAAGGUUUUUGAAGCCGUCAAGAAUUCAUCGAACAGUUAAAACUGGUCGCCGAUCAUUGGCUUUCUGGUGGAGUCUACAGAGACAAUAUAGUCCCUUUUAAAAUUCUAUUCUAUCAGUUUUUCAAAUUUUCUUUUCUUAUUCUAGUUUAUGAUUCAAUGCAUGCACAUGUGAGGCUGCCCAUCGCAACCUACAUGCUCAAAUUAUUAUAGGAAAAAAAAAGUUUACAAAUGCUAAAUUGAGAUUUUAUUUUUUUUGAUUAGAUAGAAAGGCGCAUCAAAUUUCAGUUUGGAGUAUAAAAUAUGAUGUCUAUGUUGUUUU